GACGGGGGAGAGGAGCAGGAUGGCGAUGGCUAUGGCGGAGAUCGAGAGGCAUCUCCCUUGUCGCCGCCUCCUCGUGUAGCUAGCUGCGCUCCAGUCGCGAUCGAUUUGGCGGUGGCGAAAGGAAAGGGCUGGUGUGGAUUUGCCCGAGCCGGAGCUAGGGUUUGAGGCGUUCGUCGCGGAGGUGAGUUCUUGGCGCUCUAGGCGCUGGGGGUACUGAUCGAAUUUCGGCAGGGGAAGCUCCUGGCUGAUCGAAUUACUCGAGUAGAUACUAGAUCGUAGCUGAUAUUUCGGAGAAUCGCGGCUUAUGGAUGAGGAGGAAAAAGGGUAUCUGGGCGAUGGUUGAAAGGAUCAUCAUCUUCAGCUGCUGCCGCGGUGGCUAGGGAUUCAACCGUCGAUCGGGGGUGUGGCAGCCAUGUCCGGGAAGAAAUCCUCGACGCUGACGCCGCUGUGGAGCGUGAUCCAAGACAUCAAAGGGAUUGGAAGCAUCUCUAGGAGGAGUUUUGAGGUGAAGCUGCCGACGUAUAGUCGAUCGAGGUCUCACAGCGCCGCGCAAGAUGCCGCUGGCCGGCAUCAAUUUGGGGAGAGUGGCCAGCAGAGCCGCUGGGCCAACAUGCCACCCGAGCUCCUCCGCGACGUGAUCCAAAGGGUGGAAGCCAGCGACAAAAUGUGGCCGUCGCGGAAGAGCGUCGUCGCCUGCGCGGCCGUGUGUAGGAACUGGAGAAAAAUCACCAAGGAGAUCGUGCAAACUUUGGAGCAGUGUGGAAGAUUGACGUUCCCAGUUUCGCUCAAACAACCUGGGCCGCGAGACGCUACCGUGCAAUGCUACCUUAAACGCGACAGGACAACUUCGACGUAUUAUCUCUAUCUGGGUAUUACUCCGAGUAAGCCAUCCAAAAGUCUCGGCCACACUGUUUACGUUUCCUCUGAAACAGAUGUGCUAGAAAACGGGAAGUUCCUGCUAGCGGCUCGAAAGUUUCGGCGAGCCAGUGGAACGGACUACAUCAUCUCCACUGAUACGGACGACUUCUCUCGUGGGAGCAACACCUACGUUGGAAAGUUGCGAUCGAACUUCAUGGGCACGAAGUUCACUUUAUACGACAGCAACCCUCCGCACGACGGUGCUGUGGCCUCCACAAACAGAGCAGGCCGGAGGAUCCUAUCCAAGCAAGUCUCUCCAAGAGUUCCAGCCGGGAGCUACAACAUCGCCCACAUCGCGUACGAGCUCAACGUACUGGGGACAAGGGGCCCCCGGCGCAUGGAGUGCACCAUUCACUCCAUCCCGGCGUCGGCCAUGGAGCCCGGGGGAUGCGCGCCGACGCCGCUGGAGAGCGCGACUUCCAUGGACGAGGCCUCCAUGCUCCCGCCGCUGCUUCUCCCGGUGGGGGCCAAGUCCUCCAAGGUGGCGGCGCUGGAUGGAUUGGAGGGGCUGGAAGUGGCGAGCAAAGGCAAGCCGCUGGUGCUCAAGAACAAGCCGCCGCGAUGGCACGACCAGCUCCAGUGCUGGUGUCUAAACUUCCGCGGGCGAGUGACGGUGGCAUCGGUGAAGAACUUCCAGCUGGUGGCGGCCACGGAGAUCGGGCAGCCGCCGCAGCCGAGCGAUCCGGACAACGUCAUACUCCAGUUUGGGAAGAUCGGCAAGGACACAUUCACCAUGGAUUAUAGGUACCCUCUCUCGGCAUUCCAGGCAUUUGCGAUCAGCCUCAGCAGUUUUGAUACUAAGGACAGCUUACACUGUACUUAUGCCUUGAUGUUCUGAAGGAAUGGAAUCCGAGAUGGACGGAAGGAGAUGAAAGGUGGCAAGGAGAAAAAAGGUGGUGGUACAUUUGUUUUGUGUGAUUUCUCAAGAUUACUUGUACAUAAGGUGGAUUUCAAAGUCUCUCUGUUGUCAUUGUUUAACCAAUGUUUACUAAAAGAUUGUGUGAGGUCUCCAAAUAGCGCA